AUGGCGUUCAAGCGGGAAGACCAUGUGGUUCGCGAGGAGCCAACACAUCCUGAAGUACAUGAGUACAUGGUCCGAAGGCUAGACGGCCAAAUCCUUCCGGUUUUCACAGCCACGCCAGAUUCAGGAGUGGUAUACGAUGGCUUGACGCAUGAGUGGGUUCCGGAGCAUGUUGAAGAUGUAAUCAAUCUCGACCAAACCUACAGUCACUGCAUCAACGCCCAGAACUCUCUGGUGGUUACCGCCAACAAACUAGCGAGAAAACGGAAACUGCCUUCUAUUGACCUCAAUACCAUACACUCAUGGACCGAGGUCGAGGAAUCCGUCAUUGGUACUUGCAAUACGCUGGAGGCAAUCCCCGAGAGAGACAAUGCUAUUCCUUCUGGCUUCAUUAAUAAGCUGAAGGGAGGAUCUCGGAGCCUUUGCAAACAUGCUGGAGCAGGGAUUACCUUGGCAAAGGUGGUCCCCACCGAUUCCUACCUCUCUGUUCUUGCUGGUGGGCUCACGGGUGUUUUUACGGCGCUCCAGAAGACUGGGCAAUACCGAAAGGACAUCCUCGAUGCUUUGGAAGACAUUACGUUCGUCCUCAAUGACCAUGCCGCGUUGCUACACUUGGACGAGCAGGACGAAGAGCUCCACAGACGCGCUGCGUCACUCUACAGAUCUCUGUUCAGCCUGUUGGAAGCUAUUCUGCAAUGGUUCCUCAAGAAGACGCUUGUGACGGGGGUGAAAACUCUGAUUGAUUCUUCUGGAUUUUCAGAGCAACUUAAAUCCAGGCGCGACGAUGUGAAGCUCUCAGUCGAGCGCUUCCGCAGACAUACCAACCAGAUCUACGCAAGGAAGCAGAACGCAAUGCUUCAGCAGAACAACACGAUGCUAUAUAUGCAAGGAACAAGCAUAAACAUGCAUAAUCGAAACUCCCACGAAAUAUUGGGAGAACUGGCCCAGAUGCAGAGAACACUCUCAAGGAUAGCAGUCCUAGAAAAGCUAGAGUUUUUCCUCAAUGUCGACCAGGACGCAAUGGAGGAACGCAUUGCACUUAUCGUAGCACGGAGAGCCAAGCCCAAGUCCAAACUUCGAGCUGUAGACAUUGACGGAAUUUUCGAGCAUUACCUCUACGAGCCGCGCCUCAUCACCACGGACAGCAACAGUCUGCUCGAUGUUCCGUUCAGGCCCGGGUACGAUAUGGAUGAGCACCGCAUCCUUGCCAUCCGCCAAAACCCGAGCUUCAAGGCAUGGCUGGUGCUGGACCAGUCGUCCAUGCUUCUCUUGAACGCCAAUUCGGAGAUGGCAUCGAGUUUGGAGAUGUCAUAUCUGAGUGCCAAGACGUUCCAACGUGUCCUUGAGAUAUCUACAGAGCAGGCCGACGCGCCGACGAAGCUGAUUACCCUUGCCUUCUUUUGCAGCCGCCACCAGGACUACAUGAGGGACAUCAACGGCAAGCCCGCCGAACUCGCGAUGACCCUGCUGCUGCAGUUGCUAGACCAGUACCGAGACUUCGAUCAGAACAUGCUGGCAGCAAUUCCUGAUCCACUCGACCCCGAUGACCUUGGAAGUAUCUGCUUGACAUUCGGGUGUCUUCUGGCGGCACUUCCGCAGAAUGUGAUCGUGAUCCUGAUCAUUGACGGACUGCGAUUCUACACACAGCCCGCCAGACGAAGAGACCUCACAAGACACGUCAUCGAGUACCUCGUGGACUCUAUUUUCAUCGAGGACUUGUUUACCAAUGACGAGGUUCUGAACAUCCCGAAGUCCAUGUGGGCCACGGAGGGAUACAAUACUUCGGUGUGGAAGAAGCCUAUGGCUCUAGAGAGGCCGGCGAAUGGCUUCACAGAUAUCGACAUGAUUGAAGCCAUCGUGUCAAGUAAUUGCAAGGACUACUUAGGCUCAUAG